UGACCGGAUAUCCGGUUCCGCCUGCGGGAGCCGCCCGGGCCGAGGGAGGCGAGAGGCGCAGCUCAGCACCGGCGUCGUUCCCCGCCCGCUCCGUUCCGCUCCCCGGCGGCUCGGGCCGCCUCCCCGCCGCCAUGGGGUGCACGCUGAGCGCCGAGGACAAGGCGGCGGUGGAACGGAGUAAGAUGAUCGACCGCAACCUGCGGGAGGAUGGCGAGAAGGCGGCUAAGGAGGUGAAACUGCUGCUUCUCGGUGCUGGAGAGUCUGGGAAAAGCACCAUUGUGAAGCAGAUGAAGAUUAUUCAUGAGGAUGGCUACUCGGAGGAAGAAUGCAAACAAUAUAAAGUGGUUGUCUACAGCAAUACAAUCCAGUCCAUCAUUGCCAUCAUAAGAGCCAUGGGCAGGCUAAAAAUAGACUUUGGGGAAGUUGCCAGAGCAGAUGAUGCCCGCCAGUUGUUUGUGUUAGCUGGGAGUGCAGAGGAAGGCGUGAUGACUGCUGAGCUGGCUGGCGUGAUUAAGCGGUUGUGGAGAGAUGCUGGGGUCCAGGCCUGCUUCAGCAGAUCGAGAGAAUAUCAGCUGAAUGACUCCGCGUCAUAUUACCUAAAUGACUUGGAUAGAAUAUCCCAGCCGACCUAUAUUCCGACUCAGCAGGAUGUGCUGCGGACCAGAGUUAAGACUACGGGCAUUGUGGAAACUCACUUCACCUUCAAAGACCUGUACUUCAAGAUGUUUGAUGUCGGUGGCCAACGGUCAGAGCGGAAGAAGUGGAUCCACUGCUUUGAAGGCGUGACAGCAAUUAUUUUCUGUGUGGCCCUCAGCGAUUAUGACCUUGUCUUGGCAGAAGACGAGGAGAUGAACCGGAUGCAUGAGAGUAUGAAACUGUUUGACAGCAUUUGUAACAACAAAUGGUUUACAGACACAUCCAUCAUUCUCUUCUUGAACAAGAAAGACCUGUUUGAGGAGAAAAUCAAGAAAAGCCCACUGACCAUCUGCUAUCCUGAGUACACAGGCUCCAACACGUACGAGGAAGCAGCUGCCUACAUCCAGUGUCAGUUUGAAGAUCUGAACCGGAGAAAAGACACCAAGGAGAUCUACACGCACUUCACCUGUGCCACUGACACCAAGAACGUGCAGUUUGUGUUUGAUGCUGUUACAGAUGUUAUCAUUAAAAACAACCUGAAGGAAUGCGGCCUCUAUUGAGGAGGAAGGGGCGUGGGAAGGAGCUUUUAUGAUGUGAACCAGAGUCUUUGCUGCCUCGCGGGGCCAGCUGCAAGCAUGAACAGGACCAGGGAAAUGAAAACAGCAUGCAGAAUCGUUGCAUUCUUUAGCACAAUCCUCUGUCUUAGGGACCUUUUUAUUGAUAUGGGAUGUUGAGGUUAGGUCAAGGUGGGACAACUGUUAGUGUGACUCGAUCAUCCUGGCAUCGUUUGGAUGGCGUGAUCGCAAAUGUGUACAGCUGUUGUGGAGUUGAGGUGCUGGAUUCCAGACCUUCAAUAUGUAGCUUUCUCUCUUUCUUUGGUUAACAAGCCACCACUAGUCUGUUUUUAAGGUAUUUUCCAUCAAGAAAACUGUUAACUUUACUAAAUUUUAUUUCUUUAUUUGCAAACGAAUCUUGUUUUAAAAAUAAUAAAAUGACAAAAAAAAAAAAUAAA